ACAACGGCAAAAAGCGGUGUAUUGUUGCGUCUUGCUUUAUGCGGAGUAGUCUCCACGUUGCGACUCCCUAGCACGUCCGGCGCAGGCUUCAAAACCAAACUGAAGGUUGGAACGCCGCUCUAGCGUUCCAUUGUCGCCAGAUGUCCCUCUCACGUAUCGAAGAGGUGGACGAGGAUUUCGAUUCAGUUCCUCAUCCAGUCAACCACGAUGCGCUCACGUCUAGUGGGGCAUUCCCACCAAACACUGGUUUCUCCCAUGGAGACGGAAAUAUCAAAAACGAUGACUCUGAGGGUUUCUUUGAGACGGAAUUCGGCUUGAAUGUUCUAGAUGCUAUCGAGCCAACUGAGGAUAGCGUCCUGCACCCUCCUCUUGCGCGGACUUCUUCUGCGUUUACUGCUUUUUCUAAUUUCUCCACUGUCUCUGGAUUUUCGACUUUUUCGAAGGGAUCGGUUCUCUCGUUUCGCAGCACUGGAGCCAAAUAUUCCCUAAAGGAUCUCUGCGAUCAGGUCAUCGACAAACACAUCUGGCUUCAAGCGGCGAGGAUUAUCAGCACAUCCUGCUAUUCUCAGUCUCGGAACCUGGUUCUACAUCGCUUCCUCAUCUUUCAAUUGCGCCGUCCAGAGAAAAAGGACAUAUGGCUGCGGAUUGAUCGAAGAGCCGGUUCAAGUAUCGGCUUACUCGUGUUAAAACUCGGGAAAACGAGUGCCAAUGAUACGGCUCAGCUCUCGGCGUCUAAGGAAGCACUCGUUGGAAACGGGCGCCAGGAAAAUAUUCAAACGUUCAGAAGAACGCCUUUCCUCGGUGAUUUUGGUGAUUAUCUUCGUGUUAUCUGCGAAGAACUGCUAGAGUAUAAAAUUUGGCCGGAGAACUGCUGGAUGUUCUGUUCUCUCCUUCAAGAGCACCUUGGGAUCUCGGGAGAUGGGCACUACAUCUUCGGAGGCCCGGUUGCUCGUAACACAGCACGUCUUGUUCGAACGAGAAUAUCUGAGCGAGCAGCGGCUCAUGUGACACCCUACACGAUUAUGGCGGCAUUUCAAAGUGCCGCUUGGACCUUUAGCCCUCGGUGGCAACCCUUAAAUCUCACAAAGCCGAUCGGGUGGCUUUCCCACUCGAUUGGGACAUUUCUUGGCACAAUUGCCUACUCAGCGCAGGACCUAGAUACCCGCGACAAUUCCCAACGCGUCCCGGAUUGGAUCACGAACAAGGACGAUCUUCAUUCCCGUAUUGCUAUACACUGCAUCGAGACCCUUUGUCGUUUGCCAGGGGAAAAUAUUCUACAACUGUCAAACCCUUUAGUCCUGAACUCCGACAUCCCAGACCUUACUCUUCAGAUCCAGUCGAAAAUCUCCUCCGAUGUUCAAUAUGCAGCUCUCUAUGGCCUUCUACAUGUGGCGGAAAUUGAAAAUCCUUCAACGGAGUUCUUAAGCAAAUUAAUAACGUUCUUCGCUGAAUCAAUGAUCAAAUGGUUGCAAGUGUUGAGUUUACUAGGGGCGACAAGGAAUGCUCUCGUUGAAUUAGAUAAAGUUACUAUGUGGUGUGCGAGUGGGAGCCGCCAAUUACCGGACCAAAAUCUGAAAAAGUCUUUGCUCCAACUGCUAUUACCAUGUCGUCGCUUCACCUAUCAAAACUAUACAGUCAUUUCGGCUUCUGCUGGACAUAUCGUACAUUCAGCUCUGUCUCAUUUACCCGACCCAACAAUACGAGGGAGCGGCUCUGUAGAGGGUGGUUGCCUUACCAUCAGAGGACACGACGACUCGGUGACCUCGGUUUCAUUCUCGUCUGAUGGAUCAAGGAUAGCCUCGGCAUCAGGGGACAAGACAGUCCGAAUCUGGGAUGCAGUCGCCGGGGAAGAACUCAAGGUGCUCCGAGGGCACACCGACUCGGUCACUUCCAUCGCGUUCUCGUUUAAUGGUUCCAGGCUGGCGUCGGCUUCCGAUGACGAGACGGUACGAAUAUGGAGUGCAGUCACUGGGGACGAACUCAAGGUGCUCCGAGGGCACACCGGCUCGGUCCAGUCCGUCGUGUUCUCAUCCGAUGGAUCCAGGCUGGCAUCGGCUUCCGAUGAUCGGACGGUGCGAAUCUGGAGUGGGGUCACUGGGCACGAACUCAAGGUGCUCCGAGGGCACACCGACUCGGUCCAGUCCGUCGCCUUCUCAUCCGAUGGAUCCAGGCUGGCGUCGGCUUCCGAUGAUCGGACGGUGCGAAUCUGGAGUGGGGUCACUGGGCACGAACUCAAGGUGCUCCGAGGGCACACCGACUCGGUCCAGUCCGUCGCCUUCUCAUCUGAUGGAUCCAGGCUGGCGUCGGCUUCCGAUGACGGGACGGUGCGAAUCUGGGAUGGGGUCACUGGGCACGAACUCAAGGUGCUCCGAGGGCACACCGGCUCGGUCCAGUCCAUCACCUUCUCAUCUGAUGGAUCCAGGCUGGUGUCGGCUUCCGUUGAUGAGACGGUGCGAAUCUGGGAUGGGGUCACUGGGCACGAACUCAAGGUGCUCCGAGGGCACACCGGCUCGGUCCGGUCCAUCACCUUCUCAUCUGAUGGAUCCAGGCUGGCGUCGGCUUCCGUUGAUGAGACGGUGCGAAUCUGGGAUUGGGUCACUGGGGAUGAACUCAAGGUGCUCCGAGGGCACACCGGCUCGGUCCGGUCCAUCACCUUCUCAUCUGAUGGAUCCAGGCUGGCGUCGGCUUCCGUUGAUGAGACGGUGCGAAUCUGGGAUUGGGUCACUGGGGAUGAACUCAAGGUGCUCCGAGGGCACACCGGCUCGGUCCGGUCCAUCACCUUCUCAUCUGAUGGAUCCAGGCUGGCGUCGGCUUCCGUUGAUGAGACGGUGCGAAUCUGGGAUGGGGUCACUGGGGAUGAACUCAAGGUGCUCCGAGGGCACACCGACUGGGUCCUGUCCAUCACCUUCUCAUCUGAUGGAUCCAGGCUGGCGUCGGCUUCCGUUGAUGAGACGGUGCGAAUCUGGGAUGGGGUCACUGGGGAUGAACUCAAGGUGCUCCGAGGGCACACCGACUGGGUCCGGUCCAUCACCUUCUCAUCCGAUGGAUCCAGGCUGGUGUCGGCAUCCGGUGAUUGGACGGUGCGAAUCUGGGAUGGGGUCACUGGGGAUGAACUCAAGGUGCUCCGAGGGCACACCGACCGGGUCCUGUCCAUCACCUUCUCAUCCGAUGGAUCCAGGCUGGCAUCGGCAUCCGAUGAUCGGACGGUGCGAAUCUGGGAUGGGGUCACUGGGGAUGAACUCAAGGUGCUCCGAGGGCACACCGGCUCGGUCCAGUCCAUCACCUUCUCAUCUGAUGGAUCCAGGCUGGCGUCGGCUUCCGUUGAUGAGACGGUGCGAAUCUGGGAUGGGGUCACUGGGGAUGAACUCAAGGUGCUCCGAGGGCACACCGGCUGGGUCCUGUCCAUCACCUUCUCAUCUGAUGGAUCCAGGCUGGCCUCAGCUUCCAAUGAUCAGACAGUGCGAAUCUGGGAUGGGGUCACUGGGGACGAACUCAAGGUGCUCCAAGGGCACACUGACUCGGUCUGGUCCAUCACCUUCUCAUCCGAUGGAUCCAGGCUGGUCUCAGUUUCCAAUGAUCGGACGGUGCGAAUCUGGGAUGGGGUCACUGGGGACGAACUCAAGGUGCUCUGAGGGCACACUGACUCGGUCCAGUCCAUCACCUUCUCAUCCGAUGGAUCCAGGCUGGUCUCAGCUUCCAGAGAUCAGACAAUGUGAAUCUGGGAUGGGGUCACUGGGGAUGAACUCAAGGUGCUCCAAGGGUCCAGUCCAUCACCUUCUCAUCUGAUGGAUCCAGGCUGACCUUGGCUUCCAGAGAUCAGACAAUGUGAAUCUGGGAUGGGGUCACUGGGGAUGAAUUCAAGGUGCUCUGAGGGCACACCAGUCCAUCACCUUCUCAUCUGAUGGAUCCAGCUGGCCUUGGCAUCUGAUGAUGGGAC